GUCCGCGGAAUGAUAUAGCACGGGACUACACCCAGGCGCUGUCUCAGUUCGUCGGCUUUCUUUCCUGCCCGAGCUGAGAUUUCAUACAAGCCCACGAGCCGGACAGCACAGGAGACGCCAAAACCCUCCAUCCGUAGAACACUCGUGAGAUAUAUACCAUUUGUAGCGUUAAAUCCACUCGAGUGGGUGUAGUGUAUUCUAUAUAACCUUUCAAAUCACAGAAAAAUGUCUUGGCAAAGCUACGUGGAUAACCUGAUGGCCGAUGGCAGCUGCCAGGAUUCCGCCAUUGUUGGCUACUCGGACGCCAAAUACGUUUGGGCAUCGUCAGAGGGUGGUACUUUUAGCGGUAUAACGCCCGAUGAAAUCGAUGUCAUUAUUGGCAAAGACCGAGAGGGCUUCUUUACCAACGGGCUGACUCUAGGGAAAAAGAAGUGUUCUGUGAUCAGAGACAGCCUUCAUGUGGAAGGGGACUGGACAAUGGACAUCAGGACAAAGAGUCAUAAUGGAGAGCCGACGUACAAUGUUUCCAUAGGCAGAGCUGGCAAAGUCUUGGUUCUUGUAAUGGGCAAAGAAGGGGUCCAUGGAGGCGGAUUGAAUAAGAAGGCAUACUCAAUGGCAAAAUACUUGAGGGAUUCAGGGUUCUAAUUAUUGGUUUUAGUCAUGGGAAAGGAAGGUACCCACGGAGGAGCGCUCAACAAGAAAGCAUUUGGCAUGGCUGAGUACCUGAGGAAAGUUGGAUACUAAAGCAGCCCCUUCCCAUCCAUCCACACAGCAGCUCACUUUAAUACACCACAGCACCCAGCCAUACACCCAUCCACCCCUCCCACACCCUCAUCCCUACCCCUUUUAGUCAACUUGACAACACUACCAGAAAAAGUUAGUAGAUGGAUAAUUUUUUCUGUCCAACUCUUGUCCAUUUUUAUGAGGCUUUUUCUUUUGUUUAAUGUUCCUUGUUCUUUAUUUUGAUUACUUUAUUGUGCCACAGUAAAUCAAGCAUGUUGAUUUUUAAGGUUUAUUCAAAACAGCACUACUGUACAUACCAUAAACCUAAAAUGAAGAAUUUUUAGAAAUUGGACAACUUUGAAUUUGUAUAAAUUCAACACUAAAUGAAGUCACUGCAUUGUCCAAUUUUUCCUUAGGCACUGCUUAUGAACCAGCUUAAAAUAGAUUGUUGCCUCUCAAGUGCUUUGUGCCCUUGCUGAGCUUUUAUGGUCUUCCUUGUAUACAGCAUGUCCAGGAUGGAAAAAGUGCAUGCAUAUCUUUUAGGUCAAUAUCAUAGUUUUCCAAAAACUUAACUACAUCACCUUGUCUGAGUCUUUAAAAUGAAGUUAACCGGCCACUUUUUAUUAUUUUGUUUUUGUUUGUUUGUUUGUUUGUUUUAUUUUCAAUUUAAUCCCAAAUUGCAUUAGCCCACCUCAGUCCCUGCCCCGUGAACUGCACCACCUACUCCUAACCUUAUACCUUAUGUUUGAGUACCUAAUAUCAAAUGCUUUUGCUGUUGUAUUUGGAUGUGGUCUUGCAAGUCAUUGGUCUAAUGUUGGAAUAUUUUGAGUGUGUGGCAGAUCAGCAUUUACAAGGUUUGGGUUAACUUGUUUCCCAAGAGCCUUUGCAUCCCGGACUCUGUACGGACAUUCCACCGCUACAAUAGCUCAGGCACUUAUAAUUGUUGUUUGCCAGCUCAUGUAGGAUGUUUUUCUUUUAUUUGUUAGGGUUUUUUUGUUUGUUUUGUUUUUUUAGUGAAAGUGCUGCCAUCCCAAUGUAACACUUUGGUUUUGUCCACUUCACUUUGGUUUCUCCAAUAGGACCAAUUUGUUUGUUGCAUCCGAGGGGAUUAACGGAAUUGCUCCAUACUAUUGUUGUGAAGGAUGACUGCUAGCUUCAUCUGUUGCUGACUUUAUAACACUAAAUUUUCAACACUUCAAGUACACAAUGUAACACCAAGUUCAUUUAUAUUAAACACUAUUAAUGGCUUAACAGUUUGAAAUAAAAAUCAAAUGUAUGUAAACUACCUGAGAAUUUCUCUCAUGAAUGUCUUGAAUAGAUGAAAUGGCAGUCUUAUUGUUAACAUCAGCCACCUCAAAAUUCUUAAACACAUUUGACUUUUAAAUCUGUUUUUCCAAGUAUGAAAUCAUUUGGAAGUCAUUGCCUUGUAAACUACUUUAUUGCGAUGUAUCAAAUUGUCAUAGCACGGUACAAAUGCUUCAUUAAAUAGACAAAAAAAAAGAAACUGAAGUAAACUGUGUACACUAACUUUUCUGGGAAAUGGUGGUAUUAGAUGGAUAAAGACCACUAGUCAAAGUCCGUUGUAUUGUGGAAACUUGUUUAAAAAAUAAAUAAAGCUGUGUAUCCUGUGCCAUAAUGUAGAUCUGAUCUGUUGCUACUGUGAGAUGGAUUUUAACUGCUGCCUUGUUGAGAAGUCAAUGCUUCAAUGGCACCGUUGGGAUAUUUGGCAUAAAUUCAAACUCCAGGGCUUGUGGAAAAUGUACAGAUUAAAGAGAAACAUCAAAUUA